CCAAACCACCAGCAAAAGAAAGCUGCAAGCGUACGCAAAGGCAAAGAUAGCCUGAGUCUCCCCCAUACCUUCUGAAAUCUUUGAUCAAGCUCUGAAAUGACUUCAAUCAUGGCUGAAAAUGAUACAACCCUUUACAGUGUUACAUCCAGCUGGAAAUCUGGGACGGAUCAAUCCAUUUUACUCAACAAGACAAGCAACAGCACCUUGUGCCCCUGGCCAAAAGAAUGGCAGUGGUUAUUAGAUAUCCAACCAGUGUUCCUAUGGAUUCUUGCAGUUGUAGGAAUAGCUGAGAACUUGUUUGUCCUCAGCGUUUUGUGUUUCCACAAGAGCCGUUGCACAGUGGCUGAAAUUUACUUAGCAAACUUAGCUGCAGCUGACCUUCUGUUACUCUGUGGUUUACCUUUCUGGGCCAUCAAUAUAACCAAUAAUUUUGAGUGGCCAUUUGGGCUCCCUCUUUGUAAAGCCAUCAAUACCAUCCUGUACAUGAACGUGUACUCAAGCAUUUACUUCUUGGUGAUGGUGAGCAUUGAUCGCUACCUGGCAUUAGUAAAAACUAUGUCUCUGGGGCGUAUGCGUCGAGCUUGGUGUGCUAAAUUGAACUGCUCCAUCAUUUGGGUCUCUGCACUGUUCCUAUCUUCUCCUGCUCUGAUAUUCAGGACCAUAAAAUAUGUGCCUCAAUAUAAUGUCACAGCCUGCAUGCUAGUGUACCCAUCCACAGAUGAGUGGGUAAUGAUUACAAACACUUUGCUUAACACCGUAGGAUUUCUGAUGCCCCUCUGCAUCAUCGCCUACUGUACAGUUCGGAUUAUCCAAGCUUUGCAAAAAAAUGACUUUCCAAAGAUCAAAGCCAUUCAGACUGAGAAAAAAGCCACCGUCCUGAUCCUUUCAGUCCUUUUUCUAUUUAUUAUCUGCUGGAUCCCUUUCCAGAUCACCACAUUCUUGGAGACGUUACAACAAAUCAAGCUAUUUUCAGGCUGUGACUAUGAACAAGCCAUUGAUGUGGCAACACAGAUUGCCACUUACUGCAGUUUCAGCAACAGCUGUCUUAACCCAAUAGUGUACGUCAUUGUGGGAAAACAUUUCCGAAAAAAAUCCAAAGAACUCUACUGUGGCACGUACCAUAGGAGACCCAGCGCAGCACCAUCUGUCCAGCUAACGACUGUCAUGGAAACUCUUCGGAUGUCCUUUUCAGUGGAAAAUCACAGGAAAAAAUCUGCUGUUCACUUGCCAUGAUGACACAGUUUGGACAGUUCUGUUGGAACAGGCAAAGCAUUACAUGUAGCGGUGUAUCUUGAAAAAAGUGGACUCAGGCAUUGCUGCUAAAAUUUGAGAGAAUCUCACAUGUUAGCAUUAUCUAAGAGUGGGCGAAAAGUAGAUCUGGAUUGACUGGCUAAUCAGUGAUUUGCUGCCAGCAUAGAAAUAGGAGUCACAUGAUGUGAAAUAUUUGUUGCUGGUCCACUUCCUCCUCACAAUGAAGCUGUUUCCAGCUAUUGAUUGGCAAAUCCUAUCAAUAUCCCCUGAUUGUGCCACAAUCCCGGGACCUAUGUGGUGCAAUGAGGUUCAGGUGCUUCUGCAGUGGCAUGCUGGUAACAUCGGGAUUGCCUGCUUCCCUUGCUUUAAAAAGGGACUUAUUUUUUGUAAUUCUUGACACUAUAAUUUGUGUAAUUGCAAAGUGUUUUUUUAAAAAAAAAAAAAAAAAGCAAAAACAUCACGGUGGGAGGGAAGAAUUAGUCUGCCUGCUCAAAAGUAUGAUCUUGCACUGCUGAGGCAUCGCAGCUGCACAACACCAGCAGUAGUAUGAAGAGAAGUAGCUACUAUCCCCAGUCACGGGAACAACAUGGAAUAGUGGUUUCAUAUAAUUGUCUCCCCUUUGGCAAAUUCCAGCUUUUAUCAAGUGCAGAAUCAGAUUGAUAAUCUGAAAAUAAUACUGCUGAAAUAAAAAAGAGUUUGCAGUUUUCCGAAUGGACAUUUGUCUGAAGAGACUGCAAGUUCUCCCCUGUUCUGGUACUCAAAAUCAAGUCUUGGACUCUGAAAGCUAAAUGUAUGCCUUUUGUACUAGGUGCAGAUUUAUAGUAAAACAACAACAACACAAAUUUAAUCCAGUAAACCUGAGGCCACCUUAUCCUUAAUAUGGACCACCUGCUCCAGCCAACACAUUGAUGUGUAUCUUCUUUCCAUGGCUGAAGCUUACUACAUAUGCUCUUAUACAUUUUUCAAAUGCUGGUUUUUAAUCCAGUCUCAUUUCUUCUUUUAUUUAGCACCUACCUAACCUCUACAAAACUUCAGUAUACCGUAAUGUGUUUGGCUACGUAAUGUGCAAAAGAAAUAUGUCUAUUGAUAUUUGUACAAACAAAAACAUGUGUGACUGAUAUUUCAUAGCAUACUGUAUAAUUAAUAGCUUUGCGUGUUUCUUGUUAGAUCUCUCUUUGUCCUGCAUAAAGCCCCAGAAGUAUCUGAAGGAAUGGCUGAGAUAGCCUGCCAUAAUGUAGCCCUGAGCCUUUUUCUAUGAUGUAUCCCCAUCUUUGUUCCUCUGCAGUCUUUGCUUAGGGCAAAAAUGAGGGAUUAAUAACACCUCCCUCAGGCUAAUAUAGCCAUGGUUGAGAAAUGCUGGGUUUUGGUCCAAUAACAUCUUGAUGAACCACAAGAUUUCUAUCUCCAAACUUAUUUUUGUGUGCCUUCAGAUUGUUCCCAACUUACAGCAACCCUAAGGCAGUAAGUAUGGGGUUUUAUUGCCAUCUGAGCGCAAAAGCAGGCAUGAACUCUAUUCAGAAAGUUAAACACAUAUAGGUAGGCUUUAAGUGUACAAUAUUGUUCCUAUAUUAUUCCUUCUACACAAAUGGUUCACCUUCUUUUUCAGCUUUGCUGACAGAAAAGAGCCUUGUACAGAACAUAUAGAUUUGAUACCAUGACUUGGGAAUCCAUUGACCACAAAAUAUUGAUGAUCUCCUAAUACCAUUUUCCAUCAGCACUGGCCAGGUUGGCUAGCACUUAUGAGAUGUUAGGUCCAAGAAGAGCUGGAGGGCCUCAGAGUCCCUAGUCUUGCUUUAUAUCAGUGGUUCUCAAUCUGUGGAUCCCCAGGUGUUUUGGCCUACAACUCCCAGAAAUCCCACCCAGUUUACCAGCUGUUAGGAUUUCUGGGAGCUGAAGGCCAAAACAUCUAAGGACCCACAGGUUGAGCACCACUGCUUUAUAUGAAGAUGGAGGGAAGGAGAAAUAUGUCAAGAUGGAAGAGCAUACCAUAUCAUCUUGCCUGCUAAGCAAAAUAUUGUGUUGAUUUCAAAAUAAGAACAGUUGUAUCUCUAAAACAAGUAUGCAUACAAUGUUAAAUAUAAAAACACUUGUUGUGUUGUAUUGUAAAAUAUGUUUUCUAUAAAAUAAAAUUCUUCAAGAAUUUGA